AUCUUUCCAAACAUAAAAAUAACCGCGAACUGAGAAACCGAAGGGAAAGCAAGUAUUGUUUUAGUAGGGACCGCGGACACUUUCUAAAUAUGACAAGAAUGAUAACGAUUUUUUUGCUGUACACAUGGAAUACAUUUUAAAGAACUAUUUUCAAUAAAAACAAACAAAUUUAUUAUUUAAUUGGCCCUAACCCCCUAAAAUGGAAAUUUUCCAUUAAGGGGAAAUAACUCCGUUUAUCAACAAUUGACAGAAGACCAAAAACAUUGGCACAGUGAAAUGUUUUUAAAUUUAAGCCUUAUUUGGCAAAUAUUUCCACUAAAUUGUCAUGAAAAUAGUCCUAAAUGUUUUUUCAAUGCUGAAAAAGGACCAUGCACUUGCCUCAAGUAGCUAUAUAUGGCACAUGAAUUCAGUUCCAGUAUAUCCAGGGCUGGUCAAAAGUACUUGUCCGCUCGCCCCAGACGAGUAAAAAGUUGCUCGGACGAGCAAAAUUUACAAUUCAGUCAUCCACCGGGCAACCAAAAUUUCCAAACACAAAAUGUCUAUUUAUCUCUUUUGUACACUUGCAAUUUUUGUAAUUCCGUAGUCUGCAGCAAGCAUGCGUCCGUCAUGAAAUGAAUAUUAUAUCGAUUAGCGUAUUUGACCGGAAGUAGGCCCACGUCUUUGAAUAAGCGCCCCUCCAUUUUGAAGGCAUUUAAGAAAUUAGGCAUUUAUUCGUAAAUCAUGGUAUUUUAUAUCGGUGUACGUGAAGUAAAUUGCUGAAAACGUUGAAGAAAUCGAGGAAAAAGCUGUUUAGAACGUUACGAUCCAGCACGUUACUAAAAUGGAUAAGUAGACUCUUUGUAAAGUUAGUUUUCGCUCAGGUCAGGGAAUUCUCACCGCACGGUCGGUUUUUCACUAAUGUAGUAGCGUUUCGUAUUACGCAAUUAGGUUGUCCAUCUGCAUGUUUUCGCAUUUGUUUACCAAUUAAAUUGAUGCAUUAAAUAUACAUGCAAUUAACAUUUAAUUGACUAAAUAAAGAACAGUGAGUAGGCGCGCGUGCAGGAAAAUUAGUAACGUGAUCAAAGCAGUCUUCGACUGAGUCUGUAUGUCGGACUUACGUCGAAAGCGCCAAACGCCGGAAUUUCUAAGGAAAACCGAGGUUAUACUCCUCCUGAAAAUUGUGAAAAUUAAAUGUCCAGAAAUGCAAUGUCUUUUAUCUACAAGUAAAAUUCAUCCUAAAAAAAAUAGAGGGGUAUACUUUUUUAAUAUUUAAACUCAUCCGUCAUGAACCCUCCCUCUAAAAAACCCCAAAACAACCCAGAACACCCCCUCCCCCCAAAAACCCCAAAACAGUCUAUCAAACAAAAUAAAUAAUAAUAAUACUGUUAUUCACUGUGAAAUCAUUAACCCAAAGUAGCAUAUUUUCGAUGAUCAUUCUAAAGUAAAGUGUUAAAAGUUUUUUAAAAAUCAUAAACUCAUUUCGGAUUUCCAAAUUUGCUUCAUGCCGAUAGCAUUUUUUUUUUUUUUUUUACGUUCACAAAUUAAAGGGAAUAAACUUAUUUAGCAAUACAGGGCUUACAAGUGCUUUGUAUGAUGUGAAAUUGUUGGAAACAUACAGUUUAAUUUUUAUUUAAACUGCUUACAUUUUGUGACAACUUAAUUUUUUUCUGGACAAAUGGAAUUUGAGAGUUACUUGCCUGAUGGGCAAUUGAAAAUUGAAGAAAGGGAGAUGUGUAACAUGCCAUCAAAGUUAUCUAAUAAUUCUAAACAUCUAAAGUUUGUGUUGUAGUCAAUGAGCAGUGGAUUAUCAACAGUUGUAUCACAAAACUAGACACUUGUCACGAUGACAGCACCACUAUUUUUCAAUAACAAGAGACAGGCUCCUUAAUUUCUGACUUUGCAACUGAAUAUUUUUUUUUAAAUAUAGCCAUUAAAAUGAGUUCUGUGUUUUGCAUACAGUUAUAUCAAUGUAUUUUGUACCAGUUACAACUAUACUGAUAUUCUUGUAGUACUACAGAUAUAUUGCCAACGAACAUGUGGUUUUCAACCAAAGAAACACUGCAAUGGACUGGGGUCAGUGUGUGCACUACCAGUCUUCCUAUGCGGUCUCUAGUUUUAGUCCAAAUCAGAUGUAUGGUAGCAAAUUAUGUGUCGGUUUUCAGAGUAUCGAUCAUAAUAUGACUAGGGACCGUGGACACUGUCUUUCUAUAUAAUAUGACAAUGAUAGCCUACGCCCCUGUGGACUAUAUGGUUUACAUGUGACAAUAGGGUUAAAAUGUAUUUUAAUUUGGAAUUUAUGGACCACCACACAACGUUUCCAGUUGUUUGCAGUUAUUAUUCUUCUAAUAGUAUAUUGGUCAUUCAGAAGUUAUCGGGAUGUUCCGCUUUAAGAUAUAUACCACAUCAAAAAGCCCAAAGUUGCGAAGAAGUUAAUUUCAACGUUGGAGUGCCCGAUUCACGAAAGACGACAAAGAUGGCAAAUAGCUCGAAACCACAGAAAUAUGUGAAACUGAAUAUUCCAGUAGUAACAGUUCCCAACCCUACUUAUGGCUCGGAUUUUGUACUUGAAAUUGUAUGUCAUGUGAACAUCAACAAGGAUGACAAAACAAACCAAGAUCUACCACUGUUGGAAGAAGAAGGGAUUUCUUACGAGGUAAAGACCAAAGAUGAGAAGAUGUCUACCAGUAAGUGUGCUGGUGAUCAGUUCAAAGAUGGUACAAACGUUCAAAUAGCUGCAACCCAAAGCCCAAAGAUGAGAAGUAAGGGUGCAGGUGAUCAUUUAGAGGAUUUAGAAGUUGUAGAAACCACUAAUAGCUGGAACCCAAAGAAAUAUGUGAAAUUGAAUCUUCCAGUCCAAUCACUUUGUACCCCUAUUCAUGCUAAUUGUGACCUUGAAUAUGAUCUGAAGGUCAAUGAUGAAGUCGAACAUGGACUUGACAAGGAUAUUCAGAAACUCAACGUGCAGCAAUAUAAUGAUCAUCACAAGGCACCAGUAGAGGAGGGUCUGCCUCUGCAUCGUAAGAAUAUAAGGACCAUGCAGCAUGAUCCCAAAGAACUGCUGCGACCUAUAUAUAACAUAUAUGUAGAAUGGAUGGUCUUCUUCAAAAUAAAGAAUAUACAGACAUUUGAAGAAUGGUUAUUCAGUCUUAAAUCUGCCGCAUUUCCCACAGUAAAAGAAGCCCAAGCACUGGAUCACAAUGUGAGAGACAAGAAGAAACCACAGUCGGUUUUUAAGUCUCCUAUCUCAAGAAGAGUUGUACGGCAAAAGUCUGUGAACAUGCUGAGUAAGAUGAGAAACCGGCUGUCAGCAUCUUUAUCCUGGGAAAGGCUCCGAAGAAUUGUUUGUUGUUUUUCUAUUUAAAAUUUGCUUUGCAAUGUAUAUUUUAUAAAACUAUUGACAAGUAUUUUCAUAAAUGUGAUAUUUUAUAUUCAUUAUUAACAAAGUUAAAAAUUCAUACUACCAUUUUUUUAAAUAGCCCCAAAAAAUAAUUGCAAUAUUUGGUAUAAUAAAUAAUGAAAAAAGGAAAACUUGUAAAUUUUAGGUAAGGAAGGUUUGAUAAGCCAGGGCUUCUAGAUUAUGGUAGCCCCACUCCCAUGGCUAGUGAUAUUCAAUGUUGGGCUAGUAAAUAACUACUAUUGCCAUGCCAGACAGGGCUUCUAGAUUAUGGUAGCCCCACUCCCAUGGC